AUGCCUGACCAAAGCGAGCAGUCGCAUUUCGGUGGCUCUCUGGGCCAGGAAGGUCCCGAGUGGAGUGAGGGCCAGAACGACAGGGCUUCGAGUCGCUGUCAGUAUUGUGGGACCAUUGCUAGACCACUGGAUAGUGAACGCCAGGACUAUCUGAUGCACCAUCAUCAAGAUCCCGUCCAUCAGCUUCCCUUCUACAGGCACAUCCAAGAGAAUCAGCAUGAGCUUCUGAGGAAGAGCCCUGCGCCCGAUCUGAACAGUAACCUCUACUUCAGGCGGAUGAUGGCAGGGCGGGCCUCGGCACCGCCUCAGGAUUACUACCUGACUGACGGUACCUUAUCUGGUCAGCCACCUGAAGAACCUGGGUUUUAUAGGGAUAACCAGCACAUGCUCUCCAGAUCAGCUCUGCAUUAUGGGCCCAGUGCUGGAGGGGUUAGGCCUACGUGGGAUCAAGGACAGGCAAGGGCCACACCUUCUGUACUGGCCUCUGCUUCUACACCUAAACCUGGACUUCCUCCUCCUCCCCCACCUGUUCACCCGCCUCCUCCCCCUCCCUUGCAUGAGCUGAGCCGUUUGUACAGGGAAUCUCUUGGAUCUAAGAUGAUCCCAGACGUCCAGCGUAUCGGCGGCAGUUCUGCUUCUCCUUCUUUGUACGGGGUUCAGCCCCCUCUUCCUAUUUACACUCCUGACCGACCGUCUCUUUCUGCUCGCCAAGCUUACAACAGCAUUGACGUCUUGCCGUUGGAACCUCGCCAGCCAGCCGCCAAUAGUUCAGUGGUGGAUUCAAUUUCUCAGGGAAUGGACGGAGCUCUUCCCCGGGGUUAUGGAGCUGUUGCUUCGCAGAGGCUGCCCUAUGACCCAAAUUAUGAUCCCAGCUCAGCUAUGCUGGCUGCAACAGCUGGAUUGAACCAUAACUUACCUCCAGUCCACCCCAGCGCUGCAGACCCAAAGAAGAUGGUGGACCCUACCUUCCUGGCUUUCCUGCGAGCUGAAGGUUUGGCUGAGAGCACUAUUACUCUUUUGCUGCAACAUGGUUUUGAUUCCAUCGGUACACUGGGGAUGAUGGAGGAUCACGAUAUCCGGUCUGUGGCCCCUAACCUAGCCCAGGCCCGUGUUUUGUCCCGUGUGGUAGUUGGCUGCAAGACAGGUGGAGCACCAACUCGUACCCGAUCAAACAGCUUCACCCAUCGCAAUGACCUCUACAUGCAGCCUCAGGGCUUGACUAUGGACCCCGGCCUGAUGCAACAGCCUCCUGGCACAAUCCAGACCGUGUCUCCAAGAAUGGGAGAGUUUCUUGGAAGAAGACCCAGCAGUGCUCCCUCCCAACAUCUCCUGGAAACCACUACCUACCCAGGAGCACGCCCACUGGCAACUGGUGCCUUUCCAGUCAGCCCUAAUGAAUAUAACAGCGUAGUGACUCAGGGAAGACCUCUGUCUAUGUACAAUCCCCACACUGGUCUCGCCAUGUCCGCUCUUGGUCAACAGCCUUUACCAGCUCCAGGCACCGCUGGGGCAGCCCCCAAAACCUUCUCCGGCUCCUAUUCUCCAAUGGAGCUGAUGAAACGACCUCCCAACCUCCCGCCGACGUCCCCCAUAAUAGCAGCAAGUCCGCUUCACAGCCCGCAACUCCUGCGAAAAGGGAUGAACGCUGCUCCAGAGACUACCAUGGUUCCAGUCUCCUCUUCUACAUCUCUUCAAACUCAAAACCCUAACAACCCCAAGAUGGUUGGCCGUCGCACUGGUCCGCCUGUUAUAGUCUCAACCAUGACCACCACGCCUGACACAAGUAUCCGGCCCCAAAUCAUGAACGGGCCCAUGCACCCGCGCCCGCUGGUGGCGCUGCUGGACGGGCGCGACUGCACCGUGGAGAUGCCCAUCCUAAAAGACUUGGCGACCGUCGCCUUCUGCGAUGCUCAGUCCACACAGGAGAUCCACGAGAAGGUGCUGAACGAGGCGGUGGGCGCCAUGAUGUAUCACACCAUCACCUUGACACGAGAGGAUCUAGAGAAGUUCAAAGCUCUUCGCAUCAUCAUUCGCAUCGGCAGCGGAUACGACAACAUCGACAUUAAGGCGGCAGGAGAGCUGGGCAUUGCUGUGUGCAACAUUCCCUCUGCAGCGGUGGAGGAAACCGCCGACUCCACACUGUGCCACAUCCUCAACCUCUACCGACGGAACACCUGGCUCUACCAGGCUCUCCGGGAGGGCACGCGGGUCCAGAGCGUGGAGCAGAUCCGCGAGGUGGCGUCCGGCGCUGCCAGAAUCCGAGGCGAAACCCUGGGCCUCAUCGGUUUCGGUCGAUCGGGUCAGGCAGUGGCGGUGCGAGCCAAAGUGUUCGGCUUCAACGUCAUCUUCUACGACCCCUACCUGCAGGACGGCCUGGAGCGCUCACUGGGCGUGCAGCGCGUCUACACCCUGCAGGACCUGCUCUACCAGAGCGACUGCGUCUCCCUGCACUGCAACCUUAACGAACACAACCACCACCUCAUCAACGACUUCACCAUCAAACAGAUGCGACAGGGCGCGUUCCUGGUCAACACGGCGCGGGGGGGUCUGGUGGACGAGAAGGCUCUGGCCCAGGCGCUGAAGGAGGGACGGAUACGCGGAGCUGCUUUGGACGUCCACGAAACUGAACCCUUCACGUUUGCUCAGGGGCCGCUGAAGGACGCCCCGAACCUGAUCUGCACGCCGCACACCGCCUGGUACAGCGAGCAGGCCUCUCUGGAGAUGAGGGAGGCGGCCGCCACAGAGAUCCGAAGAGCCAUCACCGGUCGCAUCCCUGACAGUCUACGAAACUGCGUCAACAAGGAGUUCUUCGUCACCACGGCGCCAUGGGCGGUCAUGGAUCAGCCAGGCGUUCACCCCGAGCUCAACGGCGCCGCCUACAGCCAAGUGAACCAAACUCUACCGUCUGUAACAACCGGCGUCCCCCAAGAAAAAAUUAAUGCCUAGAUAAGGAGCAGAUACCCGCCAGGUGUUGUUGGAGUGGCCCCCGGGGGCAUCCCUGGGGCGUUGGAGGGCUUGGUGCCCGGUGGGGUGCCCAUCGCUCACACCCUGCCCUCUGGCACACACCCGUCCCAGGCCCCGUCGCCCAACCAGCCCUCCAAACACGGCGAGACCAGAGAGCACCUCACCGAGCAAUAACAGGGAUUCAAACGCGCCGUCCGGACCCCACGAUGCUCCGAAACCAACAACUCAACCGACCAACAGGGACCAAGAGACAGUGAAACAGCUCCGCCGCGGCUGCCUGUGAAAUCAGCCCGCGAACAGGAACAAACACGUGUUCUGGGGGAUUUGUACUUUUAACAUUUUAGUUUUAACUCUGUCUCUUAGGGUUCAGUACCAACUUAAUUAUUAUUUUUUUCCUCUUCAAUUUUGGGACAUGCCUAUGAGUUUGGACCGCUGGUUUUUAGCGCUCCGGGAUUACCCGUUAAGAGACCGAGAAAAGCAGGUCCGCUCCAACACAGCAAGAGGACAAGAGGAAAAAAAAGGACAAAGGAGAAAAAAAAACAACAUAACUUUGGCAUCAUGUGCUACUGGACCUUUAUUACCACCAACCCAGAUCCUCCCCACCUCUUUAACCUACCUUAUGUAACAAGUGUGUCGUUUAGGUCUCCCAUUAUGCCUCAAAAAAGAAUUAUUUUUCUUUUCUCGUCAGCGUGAAUGGUUUAUAAAAAAAAAAAAAAAAAGAAUUAUCCAUAUAUAUAUAUUUAUCAUUCAUAAAUUUAGAUUACUCAUCAGUUCUAGCAACCUAAAGUGGGGUUGAACCCUUUUCUGCCAGAUCAAUUUUCACAGCCUGCAGUACCACAUCCUGCCCAGUAGAGGUCACUGUGGCACAGGGUUGGGAUGUUGAAAUGCUGACGAAGGUAUUGGAAAGCAUCAAGCUUAAAUACAGGAAGGGGUUGAAGCCAACUUUUAGAUCCCAAUGACUCAGGAAAACACCUUUUUGCAGAUUUUUCUUUUUUUUUCUCCAGUGAACUUUGUUAAAAGACAAAAAGCUACAACUAAUCUGGAUAUUUUGUCCAUCUUCAUUGUGGUAUUUUUCUAUACAAAGCGCAUCAGACGUUUUUUGGUGUUUUUUGAAGAGUCCUGUUAGAUUUGUAAUGCCUAGUUAAAUGUACCUAUAACCAUAGUCCUAUGUGAUCCUUCCUUCUCCCAACCCGCCCCCCUCCCCUCUAUGAUUUCUAUUGAAGGCCAGGUUCUUUGGGGUGUCCUGUACUCUGUGAGAGCAAUAGCUGAAGUCCUACUUAGGGUCCCGACCAUAGCGGAAGAGGCAGCCAGCAGUACGGUUUUGUUUUUAGUGUGAGUAUUUGUAUUUGUUUCUUGUACAAGGUGAACAUUUAGCAUUCAGUGCAGUUCAAAUAAAAAGAUGAUUCUGAGAAGCUA